AGCAGUCUUCCCCCCCAUUCUCAUCCCUCCCUCCCUCCCUACCUACCUCUCUCUCUUGCUCUCCUCCCGUCUCGGACAUAAGGAUCCCUCAGUGAGCAUGAGAAGACGUGACUGAGUGGACAUUCACACCCUCUGGACUCAGAUGACCCACCGACACUGCGGCUGAGAUUUCUUUACCUUUCUGCAAACAAAUACACACCACACAGCUCCACUCGACACCAUGACCAGGAAGGUGUUCACCAACACGAGGGAGCGCUGGCGCCAGCACAACGUCAACACCGCCUUUGCCGAGCUCCGAAAGCUCAUCCCCACACAUCCUCCGGAGAAGAAGCUGAGCAAGAACGAGAUCCUGCGCCUGGCAAUGCGCUACAUCAACUUCCUGGUGCAGCUGCUGGAGAGCCAGAGCGGUCAACCGGCCAGUCACUCCCCUGCCACUCUGCUCUCCUUCCUCAAAGGAAACAUGGAGCGGCUGCAGACCCCUCCACACACCUGGGCCAUGACAAGUGACACCGAAGCUCCAUCACCAGGAUCCAGCUGUGACAGUGCUGAGGCCUGGUAGAAAUGACAUUAUGACAUUAAAGAACAAAACUCUUGGACGGACUCGGACCCUUUUCCUGGGUCUAAAAACUGACCUUGUCCUUUUGCAAGGCUCCUUACAUUUGUCACCUAGUGUGUGACUCAUGUUUCAGUGCAGAAGAUGCAAUACUGUAUAAUUUUUGUGGAACCCAAAUGUAGCAGCCUCCUCGAUGAUCAGUGUUAAAAUAUGAUUUGCAGGUGAAUAUUUAUUUUGUAUUCUGCAUGGAUGUGUAACCUAUAAUGGAUGUACAAUACCCCCCCCCCCCCGUGUCUUGUUAAUAUUCCUUGUUGCUGUUCUGCCUGGAACUAAUUUAGCUUUGCAAUGAUAGGAUGUUUUGCCAAUGAGGAAACAGAGGGAUUAAGGAAUUUCUCAUUUAAAGCAAUAGAUUCUGAAAGGCAUUUGAAUAGAUAAUGGCUCGGGCCAGUUCAGUUCAGUGCAAUCAUCUCACAAAGCCACGGGCACUUUUUUAUGUAAAUCGACAUGCUGGACUUUUUUCUUCGAGAGAAACCUAAAUCUGACCUUUCAUUUCAAUUAUCAAGGUUAUGAGACUUCUGAGGAAUCAUUCCUCUGACAGACUUCCGUUUAUUGCUCUUUACAUCUGUGAUGGGAUUACUUUGUGGCAUUUGGGCAAAACUGACAAUCCUCUUUGAAUAAUUAUUAUUUAUUUCCUCAAACAUCUUCUGGAUUUCAUGUAUUUAUUUGAUUUGUAAAGUAAACAACGCAUGUCGUAUGGCCAAAGAAUAUGAAUUGAUUGUCUACUGUGAAGCAUGUGCGAAUGAUCCUCUUAAUACCUCGUUUGUAAGUUAUUUGGGUUUUCUUGUGAAUAUACAGUAUGUUAUUUAUUUCAACUAUUUAUUUAUUUAUUUAUUUAUUGAUUUAUUUAAUAAAUUAUUUGUUGAUUAA